CAAACCUGCUGAAAAAAAAAAUAACAAUAAUAAUACCUAUACGAAAAAAAGGGAAAAAAAAAUAAUAAUAAUAGGCAACGUCAACAACAAUACAUACCGUACAUGGCGACUCGCAGACACGAUCCCAGCAACGCCGAAACGCUCAGGAUGUCCACACUACAGGCCCGACACCGGGGCCAUAACAUACCGGAUGGCGUGACUACGUUUAACGAGAUCGAAUACGACCGCGAGGGUGGAGUGUUCCUGAAUCGGACCAAGAUCGUGUUGUUGAUCAUCAUCGUAUUCCUGUUGACUGCGUUCUCAGCAUUUAUCGGACGAUACACAGCCGAACGGCAACUGAGACAGUACAUAUAUCGUGAUUCGUUCGUAAAGAAGGCUGAAUCGGGCGUUGCGGACAAUCAAAUACCAUUUUUGGCUGUUGAGCCAGAGAGUUACAAGGUUUUUUUGGACCCAAAAUUGUAUGAAGCAGAUGGAACGAUUUCUAAACAUGAUGUCGAUUACAGUGGUAGAGUGGAAGUUAUUUUUCGACCAAAAACUGAUACGUCUGUUAUAAGCUUGCACGUAGGACAUUUAAAAAUCAAUGAUGACACGAUGUUAAAGCGUAGACUAAGUAUGGAUACGCCGACCGAGCAAGUCCUAAAUGAUGAAUCUAAAUAUGAACUUAACACUGAAGUUGACGAAAAACAAGAAACACUGACUGUAACCGUAAGUGAAAUUCUGAAAUCUGGACAUUACUACAGUUUGUUCGUGAAUUUCACUGGCGUCAUCGGUCAUGAUGACCACAACGAAGGAUUUUUCAAGGUCGUAUUUGAUAAAAAGGAAGCCAUUAAGAACCAAUGGUAUGUGGCAACAAAGUUAGCUCCUCGCAAGGCAAGAAAUUUAAUUCCGUGCGUGGAUAAUCCAAAGCACAAAGCCAUUUUUGAGAUGAGCGUGGUCAGAAGCAAGGACACCAAAGUUAUUUUUAACACCAAAGUUAGAGCGACGGAACCAUACAAUGACAAUCUAUUCGUAGAUCAUUUUGAGAAAACCGGACUUAUCAGACCAGACUCUUUAGGAUUGUUUAUGUCAAACUUUAAGUCUAAUCCUAUACCAACAGACAGUUCAUUAGAACUGACAGUAUGGAGCCCCGAUUCAACUGAUUCAAUUGAAAUGAUCACAGAUGUUGUGCCAAAAACGUUGGAUUUCAUGAUGUCUUAUUUGGCAACCAAUUUUCCAACCAACAAACUUGAUAUAGUUGUUGUCCCUAGUGAAGUCAUGACUACAGCAGAAAGUCCAGGCUUAAUAAUGAUUAAAGAUUCAAUUUUAGGUACCAUAAAUAAAUCAUCGAUUAUCGAAUACCAGAAAUCUGUAGAGUCAAUGGUCGUUCAUGUCGUUCGACAAUGGCUUAUGCCUUUGCGAGGGCUUGAUCGAGGAAGUAAUGAGGAUAAAUGGUUGAACGAAGCUAUCGUUAAUUUUCUUAAAAUAGUAAACAUCGAUCACAUCAAACCUGACUGGAAUUUCGGUACAAGGUUUUCACUGGAUACGGUUCAACCAGUUAUGUUUUACGAUAGUUGGACAAAUUCAGAGCCACUGGCUAACUAUGAACAGCAUACAGAAAUAUAUAAAUACAUAAGUUCUGUAAAAGGUACGUCAAUAUUGCGAAUGUUGAACCACACAUUUACCGAAAGUAUUUUUAAACAAACCCUAAGAGAAUUUGUACACACAGAAAUUUACAAAUAUAAAGAUACAAUAAGUUUUUGGACAUUAUUAGACGAUAAUGUCAGAAAUAAAUCCAUCAAAUUACCUGAGAGCUCUGCUGUCUUACAAAUUGUGAACACGUGGAUGAAAAAUAAAAACUAUCCGUUGAUAAAAUUACAAAUUGACGGUGAUGAUUUAGUUAUAAAACAAUUUCGGUUUGGUUAUGACGAACCUAAACCCACCAACGAUUGGGUAAUACCAAUUACUUUGACUUCUGGCGCAGCAUAUAGCACAACAGUAUGGCUAGAAAACAAUCCAGAAACCAGAGUCCCAGGAUAUAUUUCAGCAUCGAACGGUACAUGGAUAUUGGCCAACCAAUACCAAACAGGUUACUACAGGGUGGCAUACGAGGAUGCUCUUUUAGAUAGAAUAUCCUACGAAAUAAGCCAUGGUAAAUCGUUUGAUGAAUACAUUGUAGCACAGUUGGUCGGUGACAUUAUCGAAGGAGCCUUUGCCGAUGUUAUCGGAUUCAGCGAUGCUUUAGGAUUCCUAGAAAGGGUUAUUCAAAAAGCGGGUCCAAAUCCUGGGUACUGGAAUGCAAUUUUUAAUGCAUUUAAUAAAAUAGAGGUAGUGUUACACAACACUAAACAUUACGAUGCUCUUUCGGUUUAUAUGGAAACGGUAGUUGAGAAAGCAUAUGAUAUGUUUCAAGCUAGUACAAUUGAUUCACCGGACAAAAUAUUAGGUAAAAUGGAUACAUCAUAUUUUGCUGGACGUGUUGAAUUGAAAAAGUGUGUCUUGUGGGCUAGAGAACAAUUUAAUAAUUGGAAGCAGACUACAACUGAAAUAAAUCCUAUCUCACCAAACGAUCGUAAAUCCGUUUACUGUACUGCCAUGCAAUAUGCCACCAAGUACGAUCAUAGAUUUAUGUUGACUAAAUACGCAAGUUCUAAGUGGACGGCAGACAGAAAAUCCAUAGCCAAAAGCUUUUCAUGUUCUCGGAAUUCACAUUUUUUACAAAAGAUAUUGUCAGCAGGAGAAGUGAAAUUUGACGAUUUGACCGACAUUUGGCAAUCGAUUUUAGAUAAUCCAACGGCGGGUCAAUACCCAUUCAAUUUCUUGAGAAACAACUGGGAAACGUUAUAUGAAGAAUAUGAAGAAACUAAUGUUGAGUUAUUGAGUACGAUGUUACAUGCAGGAAUCCGAGCUUUAAAUAGCUUAGCAGAUUUCGAAAUAUUACAGAGCUUUAAUGAAAAAUAUUUCGGUAACACUGCCUCACAUCGGAAUCCAACAUUAUUGGAAGUUUUGCAUUUUGAAGAAGAAAUACUCAGACAAAAGAUCGUCUGGAAGGAAAAAUAUGAAACUGUGAUAUCCAGCUGGAUAACACCGAAGUCAGCCAAGAGCAAUUUUAGAAUUUACAAGAUUGAAGAUAGACUGAAAGCCAAGACCAAAGAUAGCAAAAAUGAAAAUAACGAUAUAAAGUCGGGUGAAGAAAAACCAUCGGUAGACGGUGUAAAAACCGAAGAAUCCAAACAAGAAAAUAUUACUCCUCCUAAAACGGAUGCAUCCGAAGCAGAUCAACCCGUGGUAGUCAAGGUGACCAAAAGUCUUGGGAAAGAAAAACCUGAACCCGCUGUGGUGGUCUCCGCCGAUGAAAACGCACCGCCUGCCGUGACUGUGGCAGCCGCAGAAAGUACACCGGCUGCAGUUGAACAAACCAAACCCGCCACUGAAGAAAAUAAACCCACCGUUGAAGAAAAUAAAAUAGCCCCCGAUGAAAUGAAAUCCAUCGUUGAAAAAAAUAAAUCAGCUGCCGAAGAAAUUAAUAAGCCCGCAGCUGUGACCACGACUGAAACUAGUAAGCCCGCGACGACUCAAGACGAACAACUUACUCACCCCGUGAAUAUAAACGAAAAACACGAACCGAUUGUCGGUACAGAACCCGAGAACGAAGUCAAAGGCCCCAAACAGGAGACAACAGAAGAGAAAAAAACCGAACCGUCCAAGAAAAAAAAAUAUAAAAGGAAUAAAAUCCCCGACAACAAUACAAACUGAAUUAUGAAUACUAUAAUAAUACUAAUUAUCGUCACAUGUAAAAAUAUAAUCCCACAUUGACACGUAGUGAAUUGUUUCCAGAAAGAUUACAAACGGAAAUUAUUCAAUAAUGAUGUUACUGUCAUUAUUCAAUAAUUUCCGUCGUUCCACAAUUCACGCUUGACAUUUUUUCAAAAUAAAUACAAUCGUUUUGAAUUAUGUCAUAGGAAAUAUAUUAUAAUAAAAUCUAUAUAUAUAUAACCAUUAGCCGUACUAAUAACAAUUUUCCGUAAUAAUAUUUUAUUAAAUCUACGAAAAAUGUAUUAUUUUUUAUAAUGUUAACGUCUUUAUUGCUUUGUAUAUUAAUAAUUUAUAAAACAAUCUUAUGGUGUCUAUCAUAAUAAUAAUAAUAAUAAUAAUAAUAAUAUAAAUAUAAAUUUUAAUAAUAAAACAAAAUGUUAUUAUAUAAAAUAAAAAAAA